AUGCCUAAGAACGCCCCGGCUCCCGAUGAGCCCUCCAUUACGUUUAGCUCUGGUUCCGAUGCUCCCGUCGACUUACGCAUUCUCCAUCUCAACGAUGUCUACCACUUGGAACCAUCCAGUGCUGAACCCGUGGGCGGUGUGGCCCGCUUCGUCACAGCCGUCAAUGAGUACCGGAGUGACGAACGGUUCAAUGGCCAGCCUGAGUUGAUCACUUUGUUUUCGGGUGAUGUCUUCAACCCCAGUCUGGAGAGCUCAGUCACAAAAGGUGAGCACAUGGUGCCCGUCCUUAACAAAAUCGGUGUCGAUUGCACCUGCGUUGGUAACCACGACUUUGACUUUGGAGUAAAACAAUUUGAGCACCUCACUGCCAAGUGUAACUUUCCUUGGCUACUCGCUAACGUUCUCGACCCUGCAUUGGGUGAAAACGUCCCCUUGGGAAAUGCCAAGCAUACUCAUAUGAUCACAUCAUCUAAUGGCAUCAAGAUUGGUCUUAUUGGCCUUGGUGAGAGGGAAUGGCUGGAGACGAUCAACAGCUUGCCUCCCAACAUCAUUUACAAGUCCGCCAGCGAGACUGCCAAGGAGUUGGUUCCCCAACUUCGGGCUCAGGGUGCCGAUAUAAUCAUUUGUCUCAGCCAUCAGCGUGAGCCAAAUGACAACAAGCUUGCCGAGAAGACGGACGGCUUGAUUGACAUCAUUCUUGGAGGCCAUGAUCACUACUAUGAGCACAGCUUCAUCAACGGCACGCACGUGCUCCGUUCCGGCUCCGACUUCAAGCAACUCAGCUACAUUGAGGUUCGGAAGAAGCAAGAUGGAUCAGGCAAGUGGGACUUUGACAUCUUGCGGCGUGAUAUGGUCUCUUCCAUCGCAGAGGAUCAAGAGACUCUGAAGCUUACAGAGGAUCUGACCUCGAAGCUCAAGCACAGCUUGGCAAAGUCUGUGGGCUGGACGGCGGCUCCUCUGGAUGCACGCUUCACCACCGUCAGGAUGAAGGAGAGCAACAUGGGAAACUUUGUCUGCGACGUCAUGAGGCACUAUCACAACGCCGACUGCGCGCUUAUGGCUGCGGGCACCAUCCGAGGUGACCAGAUCUAUCCGCCCGGUGCAAUUAGAGUUAGAGACAUUACAAAUUGCUUCCCUUUCGAAGAUCCCGUCAUCUUCAUCAGGGUUACCGGUCAACAGUUGUGGGACGCCUUGGAGAACGGAGUUUCCCAGUACCCAGCACAGGAGGGCCGCUUCCCUCAGGUAUCCAACAUCAAAUAUACGUUUGACCCUAAAAAAGAACCCGGGUCUCGUAUCAUCGAAGCGAGCGUUGGGGAAGAGCCCAUGCAGAUGGACAAGAAGUACACCCUCGCCACUCGAGGAUACAUGGGCAGAGGAAAAGAUGGAUACACCAGUCUCCUGGUCGAGCCGGAAGGCGGAACCGCUGAGGAAAUCGUCUGCGAGGAGAAUGGCAUUCUCAUCUCGGCCAUGCUGCGUCAGUAUUUUAUGAGUCUGCGCACAGUCGGUCAGUGGAAGAACCUCAGCGAACACUGGUUCAAGGUGGCUGAGAAGUGCCACACUCCGGUGGAGCCGCGCAAGAUGUGGGAGACCCCCGCAGAGACAGGGACAUCGGACCCCAAGCCUGAAGUCGAUUCCAAGUCCUGGGCUGAAUGGAUGGUCAAGCGACACGCGUUGAACAACAAGGCCCCCAGAGACGAGUCCGAAGAUGAUUCCGAUAGCGAGGAUGAGGAGGACAGUGUUGCCCAAAUCGACAUGGAGAUGCUUAUUAUGCGCAAGUUCUUCGCGAGAUGGGCCAAGGCAGCGGGCGUGAAGGCUGAGGUGUGUGAUCCUUUGCGGGAAGGUGAAUUUACUGUGGACUGGACUCGGGUCAUUGCGCCUGUCUUGGAGGGGCGUAUCAAAAUGGUUAGUUAG